AUGUGCACCAAAUGCCUUGAUAAAAAGGGGGCCUCGGUGGAGCGUAAUAAGUGCCCACAUCGAAGGGUAAGUGCCAAAUGUAAGGACUGUAAAGGAAAUGGGAUUCGUAAACAUCAAAGGCAUAGGGGCUAUUGCAAGGAUUGCAAGGGAAGACAGUGUUUCCCCAAUCAAAGGGUAAGGAAACAAUGUAAAGAGUGCAAGGGCAGCCAGAUUUGCAAACAUGGUAGGGUAAGAUCAACAUGCAAAGACUGUGGUGGUGGAAGCAUAUGUAUCGAACAUGGUAGACGAAGAUCAAUAUGUAAAGACUGUGGGGGUGGGGGCAUCUGCCAUCAUGAAAAAUAUAGGGCCUAG